AUGCAUUUCUUACAAUAUUUGCUAUUUUUUAUAUUAGCAAGUGAUAUAGUAUCCGGUGCACCAGCUCCUAUAAGGAAGAAAAGAGGUUAUCUUACCCUUUUUGAAACUGUCAAUUCCCAACAACCAGCUGCAAAUACAAUUCCAAUUCCUCCACCAGCACCAGCAGCCAUAGGUCCAGCGACUACUGCACCAGUGGCACCAGUAGCCAUUGUUCCCACUACAACCGCAGCCGCAGCAGCACCAGCACCCGUGGCAGCACCAGCACCCGUGGCAGCACCAGCUGUAUCGCAAGCACCAGCAGCACCAGCACCAGCAGCACCAGCAGCACCAGCACCAGCAGCAGCACCUUCUGCUGCUAACACUCCCGCAACAACUUCAUCCACUUCUGGAAGUGUUUUUGGUGGACUCGGAAAAGCAAUAUCAUCAGCUUUUAGUGCUUUCAUCGAUGCUUUCAAGGAUGAUGAUGAUGAUGAUACAAGUUCUUCAACAACAGCAACAACUCCUGCUGCAGUGCCAGUAGCUCCAGCACAACCUGUUACUACUUCUACCCCUGUCGCUCCUCCACCAACAAUUGCCAGUGUUCCAACUUACGCACCAACAACAUUAACAACAUCUUCAUAUGAUGCUCAAAGAACAGUUGCAAGUACUAGUUCACCAGCAGGUAUUUUACUGGCUGCUGCAUCUGUGGCAUCUCCCAUUGCAAGUGCAGUUUCAUCUUCAAUAUCCUCAUCAAUUUCAUCAGUUAAUAAUGCGGCAUAUGCCCCUUCAAUUAAAGCAGCUCAAAGUGCCAAGGGAAUCACUUACUCACCAUAUACUAAAGCCAAUGCAUGUAAAACUGCAGCUGAAGUAGCUUAUGAUAUUGCUAAAUUGAAUAGUUAUGAUCUCAUCAGAUUAUAUAGUACUGAUUGUUCGGGAAUUGAGAAUGUUAUAGCUUCCUUACAAUCUCAUCAACAAUUAUUUUUAGGUAUUUGGAAUAUUGAUAGUGCUUCUGUUGUUAGUGGUUUACAAACAAUUCAACAAUCUGUGGCAACUUCUUCAAGAGGUUGGUCUAUUGUUCACACUAUAGCUAUUGGGAAUGAACAAGUGAAUUCAGGUACUGCUACAGUGGCUCAAAUUCAAAGUGCUAUUUCUACUGCAAGACAAUGGAUUCAAACUAAUGUUCCAUCUUAUCCAGGUUAUAUUGUGUCAGUUGAUACUUUAGUUGCUGUUGCAGGCAAUCCAGAUUUAUGUCAAUACUCUGAUUAUCUUGCUGUUAAUUGUCAUCCAUACUGGGAUGGUGGGGUACAACCAAGUAAUUCUGGACCAUGGUUACAACAACAAAUUUCACAUUUACAAAGUGUCUGUAAUAAUGGUAAAGCAGUUCUUAUCACAGAAACUGGAUGGCCAACACAAGGCGAUACUUUUGGACAAUGUGUACCAUCAAUUCCUAAUCAAGCAGCUGCUCUUCAAAGUAUCACCAGUCUCUUAGGCCAACAAGUAAUUGCUUUUACAUUAUAUAAUGAUUAUUGGAAAGAACCAGGACCAUAUGGUGUAGAACAGCAUUGGGGAAUUUAUGGUAAUCCAGAAGUAUAAUUAAAUUAAACUAAAAGUUUCACGAACCAAAAAAAAAAUUAAAUAAAAGAUUAACAUACCAAUCUCUAGAAUUUUCAUUUUAUAUCAAUGAAUUCCUUGCUUCACUUCUUCUCUCGUAACCUCUUAUUAUUUAUAUAUUGUAAUCCUAUAUAGGCUUUUUU